AUGCAAGUGAAAUUCGCUGGUAUUGGUGCGAUAAACAUUGCGACAACCGUUUGUCAGUCGCGUCCGAUUCCCUUUUUGUGUCGCACGUCGAGCUCCUUCAUCCACGCAAGAAGAAUGGCAUCUGCUUCAGGAUUCGGCUUUCAACGCUCGUUAUUCCACAGAUUGGGGGCUGAUGGAACGAUGCUACGACCGACGAUUGAGUCCACACCAGGUUUUUCAGCGUCUGCUGAUGCAGAGCGCCUCCAUCGAGCAAUGAAGGGUGCAGGUACUGAUGAAGACACACUUAUCAAUAUUUUGGCAAGAAGAACAAACCAUGAAAGGCAACAAAUAUGUGCCACUUACGAAAGCCUCUAUCAUAAGCCACUAAGAAAGGCCAUAAAGGAUGACACGAGUGGACAAUUUCGAACGGUCCUGUGUGAGCUUUGCCAUGACCUGCCCUACAUUCUAGCUAAGGGGCUGUAUUAUGCCAUGAAAGGUCUAGGAACAAAUGAUCGAGUGCUGAUCGAAGUACUGGCCACUCUAUGGAAUGAUGAAGUAAAGGCUGUCUCUGAGGCGUAUAAGCAAGGACCGGAUCGCACGCUACUGUCUGAUUUGACGAGUGACACAAGCAAUCAUUUCCAGUAUGCUCUAAGUAUCCUAGCACAAGGUCAACGGGAUGACUUGCCGGUGCUGCAACUCAAAGCAGUUCCAGAAAAGGGUGUCGCAACAGUCGUGAAUAAAGAACUCGCUGAAGUGGAUGCUAAAGAGCUUUUGGCUGCCGGCGCAUCACGAGUGGGGACCAGCGAAAAACGAAUUACAAGGAUAAUCACUGGACGCACGACAUUCCAACUUGCAGCGGAUGCAGAAGCCUACCAGAGGAUGUUCGGAAAGCCAUUACUGGAUGAUAUGAACUCUGAGCUAAGCGGGGACUACCGUGCUCUCAUUAUUGCACUCAUUCGGUAUGCAACGGAUCGGGCAAACCUAUUAGCGGAGUGGCUCCACGACGCCAUGGCAGGGCUGGGUACCAAAGACUAUGCUUUGAUGAGACUUCUCAUCACGCGUUCAGAAAUUGACCUUCAGGAGGUAAAAGAAGCGUACGAGAAAAAAUAUAACAAGUCACUGGCAAAUGCGAUCAGAGGUGAUGCGUCAGGAGACUACCUGAAAACUCUGCUAGCACUGCUAGGAGAGCAAUAACCAUACACCAGCAACCUGCGGGAAUGAUGGAUACCUGCUGAACAGGCUCAUGCUCGAUUGUUGAAUAAUAGUCUUCAUUUUUUAACUGUUUCAUUUCCAUCUGCUUUCGUUUUUCUUUCGGUUGUGUCAUUGCUUUUCCGGAAUCUCAUUGUGGCAAUAAAACGCGUUUACAGGUGCGGUAAAGUGCCAAGCAAUCUUUCCCUAUCUUGAAGUGGCGGAACUUUUCACCUACUGCAUAGUAAACAAGUAGUUCCAGUUUAUGUCGUAUACUUCGUGAUUCCCCUACUCCCCGGUGUAUCGGAGCUGAUGAAGGAAGAGGCGACUAUUUUGAAACCACACAUCAUGAGAAUAGAAAAUGAAUUCCCUGCCUUUCUACUGUUGGAAAUUCAAGACCUGAAGACACCAGCUCUCAAAUCCCACAUUAUCUUCUUCUUAUCAUCGAAGUUUGGAUACAUGGUACCCAUCAGUUGCACCAGAUGGAAUAACAUCAUUCGUAAACCAAAAACCGUAUGUCAAAUAUGUCCAGUUGAAUGGCAAAUGUGUAUCUGCUACUGUGUGCCAAGCUGGUGCAUACGAUCGCACGUUCCUCACAUCCAAACGGUACACUCGGACGUCUGCAAGUUGGAGUGCAUUUUAGCAAGUCUGCUUUCCCAAGCCAUUAAAACAGUCACUGGACAUAACGGCUAACGCAUCUAGUGGGGUGAAAUUAUUCUUAAUGUCACUGCAUUUGUUUUAUUCACAAACC